UGUGAUAUUGAAUGCCUGAUCAAAUGUGAACAGUUGUGACAAUAACUAACUUCGAAAAUGUUUAUUAUAACUUCGGAAUGAAUUCCGUGUAUCGGUGCUUUUCUUGCUGUUACUUAUCCUUUAAGAUGGCGUCGAAAUUCCUCGUUGUUAAGUAUUUGACUAACCAAUAUGGAGAUAGAUACGCAUUCGUGCCGGACUCUUGGGUGGUAUCUCGUCGAGAGACAGAUAACAUCAUAGUGAUAUACUAUCCUGCAGAACAUGGGUUAGCAGUUGAGCAUCGCGUUAGAAACAAGGAAACACCAGCGCCUCAUUGGACUCAGCGCGUGUGCGAACAACUUUGUAUUAUCAAAGACUACAAUGAAGCUAAAACGCUGACGAUGAAGAAAAACAGAGAUGUGUACAAUGAAGCUAAAAAUGGCGGGAAGCAGAACAGAGAUGAGUACACAAGGCUGACCCUGAGACACACACAGCCGGGUCCGGGACUCGUGGAGCUCGUCGAAAACACAGACGUGUACGUCGUCAAAGAUCAACUUCAGAUAUAUACAAAGGCGGCUCCGAACAGUAGAGCUCUCAUCCGCACACUCUUAACACUUGUGUUCACUGAUUUCGCGCUGUCAUCGUGUGUGCUGACGAGGAAAACGAAUAAAUUAGAUUGCGGGGCGUUGGACGCGCUGUUUUCUUAUGUUAAUAACGUGGUGCGACGAAAUGGAUGGGUGCUUGUAGACGAUGAAUAUUUUGACGAGUGCGUCCGUCAAAAACUACGUGAGCUGUUAUAAUCUGUUAUCUGAAAGUAUAGAUAAUCAGUCUUGCUUAUAAACUUGAUUUCGCGUUAAGAGGUGGUUAAUAAUUGCUUAGUCCUAUGCAAGGACUGUCAUGUUAAAUAAUACCAAAUACUAGGCUAUCUCAAGCUGCGCAAGCCAAAAUUAUGAAUACUUGUAUCAACUUGUCUUUGGCUUAAUACACAAGACAUGCGAAGCAAGGAAGAAAAUAAAAAGAAUUGCUUAAAUAGCUGUCAAUAACAUCACCGGUUCCUAGUUUAAACUUAAGAGGCAAGAUGGCUUCUUGACUUACAUCUGAUCGAGUAAAUUUGUGUUUUAACUGAGCAUAGCGAAUUUUUUAUAAGUAAGACUGAACUUAUUGUCAGUUAUUUGUAAGAAAUAUCUUACAAAUAACUGACAAUUACAAUAAAAUUAAUAAUAAUUAAUUUUAUAAAGCUAUCUCCCAUUUUUCUGAAAUAAAUAUUUACAUAUAAA